AUGUUGAUUUAUAUGCAAUUGAUGUGCUACUAUACGGUACUACCGACCAUCAUUCUCUAUCUGGUAUUGAAACCGUUGAUGAGUAGUUUUGAUAAUAUCAAAAUCAUUUUAUCUUGUGCUUUAACAUUAUCUUAUACCGUGCCUUGGAUUAAUUAUGUUGCCUUCCAACAAAUGGUGUGGUAUCGCAACGAUAUAAGUGUCGGCUUUAUCGGCUAUGCACCAAUUGAAAAAUAUUCGUUUAUCAUUUUUCAAGCAGUUUUAAUCACGUUAUGGACGACUUUAUGCACAAGAUGGGCACUGAAUUCACUGCAUUUAAAAAGUUAUAGCCGAUUCAAAUUCAAUUUAGUUCGAUAUUCAGUGAUAUUAUUGUUGGUCAUCUUGACAAUUAUUGGACUGAUCAAAUCGAUACCUGACACAAAAACGUUCUACAUUGGUUCGAUUGCUGCAUGGUUUUUACCAACAGUUAUUAUUUUGUGGUAUAUUUGUGGACCAUACACGUGCCAACGAUAUAAGGAAACGUUGAUCAGCAUAAUUGUGCCCUCGAUCUAUCUGUGCUAUGUGAAUUUGAUUGCUAUGCGCGCUCACAUUUGGUAUAUUAGCGAAAAUACAAGUCUUAGCAUUUUGCCGUGGAAUAAAUUGCCGAUCGAGGAAAUUAUUUUGAUUAUUCUUUCAAAUGUGAUUAUUGUAAUGACAUCACAUGCAUUUGAUAAAAUAAAAGCAAUCAACGAUACAUAUUAUCGUCAACCAUUUCCGGUUUAUAGCAAAAUAAGUGAGACAACACGAUUUUUUGGUUAUAUUCGAAUGCUCUUUGAUGGAAUUUUUUUGGAUGAGACCACUUUUGACCAAUCUGUAAUCACUGAUCUUGGGAAAUGUAAUAAUAUAUUCAAAAAUUCGUCCAAAUCAUUUUACUUCGUAUCAAAAUUCUUUCCAAAUGAUGUGAGACAAGAUUUAGUGAUUCUCAAUUCAUUUUGUCGUGUAACAGAUGAUAUGGUCGAUAACAAUGAAUCGGUUGAAUUUAAAAAUGAACAAGUACAAAUAAUGACAAAAUUCUUGAAUCAAUUAUUUUCAAAUCGAAAGAUAAUAUCCAAAUACUGUUGGACAACUAUAAGUUCGAGUCCAAUCAUCGAUUGGAAAUAUUUCGAAACGCAAUUAACAGAUGAACAAUUAAGUUCAUUUCGAGCAUUUGCACGUAUUGCAUAUUAUCUGCCACAAGAAUUACUUGAAGAAUUGAUUGACGGUUAUAAGUGGGAUGCAAUUGGAAAGGCAGUUUUGCACGAGGGAGAUUUGUUCGAGUACUCAAAAUAUGUAAGCAGUAGCACGGCAUCCCUUUGUACAUUUGUACUUUUUCACAAAACUUGUAAAUGGGCAGAUAAUAUGGGUCCAAAAUGCCGUUAUAUGCUUGAAAAUAAUCGAAAAAUUGGAUUGGUAAUACAAAUUAUCCAUAUGAGCCGAGAUAUUAUUGUAGACAGUGAAGAAUUGGGUCGCUGUUAUAUACCUAAGAUCUAUUUGAAAGCUGAUGAAUGGAAUCUAUUGGUUAAUGAACGGAAGCCACAUAAAAUCCCAAACGCAAAACUGAAGCAAUUUGCGGAAAAAAUGCUUGACGUUGCUGAUAAUUUAUGUGAAAACGAUAAUACUGGAAUCAAAUUAUUACCAACUGAAUGCCAACGUACCGUUUUAGCAGUACUAGAAAUUUACAAAGCCAUCGGAAAACGUAUUCGCACUAAUCCACAUUUUGAAAUUAAAACAUUCCUAUCAAAAUUUGAACCAAUCUACAUUAUUUUGAAGUGCUUGUAUUUUACAAAGAUGGAAUAA